AAUGCUUUACAAUAUGGUACAUUGAUUUUAACAUAGGCCAGUUUUAUGUAAUUCAGUAACGAAAAUUGCAUAAUUCUGAUGUUUAUGUUCUAGAAUGACAUAUGUCAAACGUAAAUAGAAUUGCCCGGCUAUAACACCUGGAGCAGCAAUGAUCACCUUAGAAACCUCAAAUUAAACUUGCUUCAAAGCAAAAAAAAGCCUCAAUCCAUGUCUACCUGUGAUAUUAUACCCAAAUGAGCUUACUCCUAGAUCUGAAAUAGUGUUCUCCCCGUGCAACAAGUGGUUGAAUUAAAGAUGCAAAUAACAAUACAAGUUGAUAAUGCUGGUGCUGGAGAGACCCGAAGAAGUUUCUGUGUUAGGUUAAAAUCAGUGCUGUGUCAUUUGAGCAUAUUCAAUGCAAUUACUUUGUUCACAUUAGUUUCUAUUCUAUUGCUAGCUCUGUACCUUUGUAAGACAUACAUUAGAUCUGUGUUGUUCUGGCUAGAGAACCAGGAUUCCAGUAUUAUAUCCCUCACAAUUAUAUUUCUAUUCACAAUAGUUGCCUUGCCAAUAAGUGUGGGUUAUAUUGUGCUGGUAGUUGCAAAUGGUUAUUUAUUUGGUGUUGUGAAUGGAUUCUGUAUGACUGUUGUUGGGGCUAAUUUGGGUCUCCUCUUUGCUCACUACAUUUUAAAGCUUGUUGCACAUCAUCACUCUGUGCGCAGGUUGGUUGAUAAUGAAACAGCAAAGGCAAUAAUGAGAGUAAUCUCAGGUCCUUUGUGCUUCAAAAUUGUCCUGUGCUCCAGAUUGACACCAAUACCAUUUGGUUUGCAAAAUACGAUUUUUGCUUUAAGCAAUGUUAGUGGGAAACUUUAUCAUUUAGCUUCAAUGUUUGGGCUUCUGCCUGCACAGAUGGUGGGAGUCUAUGUAGGAUCUACUUUGAGAUCCAUGCAGGAUGUUAUAGAAAACAGGAACAUAUCAACUAGCACUUAUAUAUUCGCUGGUUUACAGUUGGCUUUAGGUUGUUCUCUAAUGUUUUGGAUUGGUACAAAGGCGAGGAAAGAGUUGCUUCGGGUUUUGGCUGAGGGCGAGAAUAAAUUGACGCCAUCCGAGAAAGUCGCUAAUUUUGUUUGAAUUGCUUUUAAUUGUAACCAUUACGUCUACCAAAGGAUAACUAUAUUUUAUACUAUGUAACUUGACUAAAUAAAUGUCUUAUAUUUGAAA